GCUUAUGGCCUGUAGCCUCCUCGAGUAGACCCGACACUCGACACGGGCGCCCGCGCUCGACACCGCGCCCUCACGACUUCAUCCGCAGCAACGAUGGUCUACAUCUCCGGCGUCAAGGACGCCUUCGGCUGCGACCCGUUCCCCCAGAUGCUGCAGAACGCCCACUACGCCAACACGCCGCCGCCGCCGCCGUCCGCGGGGCGGCGCAUGGCCGGCGAGCUCGCGUCGCUCGACGUGCCGCCGGCGGUCUUCGCGGCGCUCGAGGCGCAGAACAUCACGAGCGUCGCGCUCGUCGCGCGGCUCGCGGCCGCGGACUACGAGCGCAUGGGCGUGCCGCCCCGCCACCGCGACGCGCUGAGCGAGGCGUCGAAGCGGCUCCAGGGCGCCAACGGCGCCAGCGGCGCCGAAAGCUGGGAGGCGGCGCCGGCGCGGCGCGCGGCGCCCAAGCCCCGGCCCGCGCCCGCGCCCGCGCCCCCCUCCGGCGGCGCGGCCGCGGGCUUCAUCUUCCUCUGCGACCACAAGACGCGCGGCGAGGUCUUCCAGCGGCGCCUCUUCGGCCUGCCGCCGAACAACCUCAAGGACAUGCACAAGAUCGGCCCGUCCACGGCGCUCUUCCUCUACGACUUCCGCCAGCGCGAGCUCAUGGGGCCCAUGAAGGCCGUCGGGGCGCCCGCGCUCGACAUCGAGCCGGACGCGUGGAACGGCCGCUUCCGCGCCCAGCUCCGCUUCCUGCCCCUCGACAGCGGCGCGACGAACCUCCGCAACGGCGUCGCCACGCUCGCCAUCGACAAGCCCAAGCACGGGCCCGUGGGCGCCGGCGACCUCGAGGCCAUCGACUACUACGAGUCCGCCGGCCACCUCGACGCGUCGGGCCUCGAGGAGGUCGCGGCGCUGACGCAGCGGCGGCGCCUGACGCACCACAGCGACUACCUCCUUUUGGUGCUCGUGGGCAUGCCCGCGCGCGGCAAGUCGUUCAUCAGCGCGAAGCUCAGGGGCUUCCUCACGUGGAGCGGCCUGCGCGUGGGCACGUUCAACGCGGGCAAGCACCGCCGCGAGACGGGCGCGCCGCCGCCGGCGGCGCCGGACGCGGCCGAGUCGCCGCGGCCGAGCUCGGGCGCGGCGUCCUUCUUCGACUCCAAGGACGACGCCGCGCUCGCGAAGCGCGAGGCCAUCGCCAUGGAGACGCUCGACGCGCUCUACGACUUCCUCCAGUCCGACGGCGGCGACAUCGGCCUCUUCGACGCGACGAACAGCACGCGCGCGCGGCGCCGGGCCAUCGUCGAGCGCACGGUCGCGCGCUUCGCGGGCACGGGCCGGCGCUGCGGCAUCAUCUUCCUCGAGACGAUCUGCGACGACGCGCGCGUGCUCGAGAUGAACAUGCGCACCAAGGUCCGGAGCUCGCCGGACUUUGCCGGAUUAUCGGAGGACGAGGCGCUCGAGGACCUGCGCGCGCGCGUGCGCAACUACGAGGCCGUCUACGAAACUGUAAAAGAGGACGAGGGCGCGUUCAUCAAGCUCUACAACUUCAGCAGCAAGGUCGAGUGCGCGUCCAUCUACGGCCGCAUGUCCAAGACCGUGCUCCCCUUCCUCCUCGCCAUCCACGUCGACGACCGGCCCAUUUAUCUGGUGGCGCUCGCGCCGCGCAAGGGCGAGCCCGAGUACGGCGGCGAGGACGUGCGCGUGACGCACGACGACGAGCUCCGCGACCGCCUCGCCGCGUGGUGCGAGGCCACGGCCGCGCCGCCGACGGCCGUCUUCGCGUCGACGGUGCGCGGCGCCGUCAUCGCGGCGAACAAGCUGAAGCGGCCCGGCCGCUCCGUGCGGUUCACGUCGGCGCUGGCGCCGCUGCUCGUGCCCUACGCGUCCGCGGCGGGCGACGCGCACGCGGCGCGCGCCUUCGACGAGCGGCGGGGCGGCGGCGAGUCGUACCGCGACCUCUGCCAGCGCCUCGAGGGCUGCCUCCUCGACGUCGAGGCGUCCGUCGAGCCGACGCUCGUGCUCACGCACGCGACGCCCGCGCGGGCGCUCCGGGCCUACUUCUGCGACAUCAACGUCGUCCAGUGCAUGGGGCCGGGCACGUCCGACGGCGCGCUCGCGCUCAAGGGCAGCGACCACUGCGUCGUCGAGCUCCGCGCGCUCGUCGGCGGCGGCUACUCGGAGACCAUCCACCGCCUCCCGCCCGCGCCGCCGUCGCCGACGCCGCCCAAGGUCGGCGAAUGCCGCCAGCCCCGCGCGAAGUCGAACACGGAGCGGCCGCCGUCGCCGCUCACGCCGCAGACGGCCUGGAACUCGCCGCCGUCCGCGUCGCGCCGCCGCAACACGUCCUACUGA